AUGGAAGUUGAAACGGGAUGGGGCCGCGCUACUGGCGCCGGUCACCUCGCCGCCGCACCACCGCGUCCUGCCGUCGGACCCAUCCCGUUGUUGCCACCAGCAUCGAAGAAGAGGGGUGACUCGCGAGUGAGAGGGGGCGAGAGCUUGUCGCCAGAGAAGGAGGGCGCCAUCGGCGCCGUUCCGGGUAGAAGGAAGCGUCGUGCGAGGGGCAGAGGCGGAGGGAGCCUCUGUCGCGCCACCACCGCGCUAUUGCCGUUGCUCCCUGGCGCCACCGAAGAACCGCACUCAACUCACCGCUGUUCAGGCUCUGGUUUGCCGUCACCCUCGUGCAGCCGCCGCCGCAGAAUAGCCUUGCACCCGCCGCCGUCUUCGCAGGAACUUGGGUGGCCGCGGCCGCUCCUCGCCAUGGAGCCCGUGUCAUCGUCGUUCAGCCAUCGCCGGAGCAGAGCAGACGAGAGAGAUCUGAAGGUGUGCUGGGAGUCCAGCCACCGCGCCCAGCCGCUGUUUGCGUCGCCGGCGCCGCCUCGGUCGGAACUGCCGCCAUCAGACAAGGGUUCUGGCCGCCAGGGGGGUUCUGCGACUCCCGGGACCACCGCCGGAGAAUGCAGCUCAGUCGCCGGAGAACUCUACCGUUACCAACGCCGGAGUCCGGUCGCCACUGUCACUUGAGGUGGCUGACGUGCUGCUGCCGAACCGGUUCAAGAGACCGCCGCUGUUCGGUUCAACCGUUUCUUCUUCGUGUUGCUAUGGUUAUUGCGAAUGUGGCUUGAAGCUGAGGUUGCGGUUGUUGUUGAUUUCGGGUUGAGGCGGAAAGGACUCUGUGACGCGUUUGGGUUAUGGAAUUGCGUUUUGAGGAUAUGGGCGCAGAAGUUACGAAGAAUUUAUUUAGUUAUUGUUGUAAUGUUCUGUAUUGCUUUAGAUUAUUAAUUAUUGUACCCUCGCCUUUAUCUUGAUAUAUUCUGUAAGAGGGAUAGGAAUUGUAUUGGUUAAUGUCUGUAAUAUUAUUUGUAUAUGUAUGUAUAUAUAUGGAGGUACUCUUUAUGAGUUUUUGUAAGUCGUAUGGUUUCUUUAGAUGUACGUUAUCGAACGAAAAAAAAUUUUGGGAACGGUAUUUGCGGUUUAAAGUUUCAAACAGGCUCAUAUUUUAAUAAUAAAUAGUAUAAGAGUCGUCGUAAUGUCCGAGCUAUCAGAGUAGCGCAGCCGGAAGCGUGAGCUUUGGU